AUGUCCGACACUUGUAUUGUCUGUUUAGGAGACCUUGGCGAAAGCGCCGGUAAUCCCCUCGCCGUCGAGCCUGUGCCAACGCCCGAUGCCCAUGAUGCAUCCAUCAAGGUCAAGGAUAGGCUCGAGGACGAGGAUAGCCAGAUCGCCCAGUUACUCCCUUGCGGACACAUUCUGCAUAAUAACUGCUUGAAGCCAUGGGUGGAGCGAGCCAACAGUUGUCCGAUAUGUCGCCGCAACUUCAACAUGGUCGAGUUGACGGACCAACUUGGUGGCCCCGUGAUCUCGUCAUAUGCCGUGCAAGACCGAACCCAGAUCGCCGACGUCGACCCUUCAAUGGUCAUCGAAUAUGCCGAAGAUGACCUUGCCGAUUUCCAACCAUGUACGAUAUGUGGUGAAGCAGAUAACGAGGAUGUUCUCCUCCUGUGCGAUGGUUGCGAUGCCCCUUCGCAUCAGUAUUGUGUCGGUUUGGAUGAAAUACCUCCCGGCUCCUGGUAUUGCGCACAAUGCGAGGCUCAACGUGCCCUUGGCCCUGCGCCUGAGGUGUCUGCACGAUCUACUCGAGCAACCGAGCGACGGAAUCGCCGUACUCGCGCCCAACGGCGGCGUGCGCAAACCUCCAACAAUAUAAAUUCGCUGCACUGGGCUCGGGUGUGGCAGUCCGUUUGGGAUCACCUUAAUAUCGAUCUGGAUUUCCCAUUCGACGAUGACCGAUCGGCGCAGCGUGUUAUGCAGCAACGUCGCCGGGAGGAGGCCAACCAGCGCGAGUUCCGGGCAUGGCAGCGUCGCUUUGAGGUUGCCGAGCGACAAGGCGGUGGUAGUCGGUUCCGAGACACAGCGUCUCUAUUCGACAUUGAACCCGCCCGCCCGUCACGGCCUCGAGUCCCUAGAGAGCCGACGCCCGAGCCCGAGUCUUUGGAAGAAGUGCGAGCAUGGAAUGCCUUUGAGAGAGCUCGAGAGAUUGAGAACAACCCCAAUGCCGCUCGAAAGCGCAAAGAACCAACAAUGUCCCCUUCGCCAGAGCCGACCGAACCGGAGCGCAAGCUCAAGCGUCCACGCACUAGGCGGCCUCAGGAGCUGGCUGCCAUGGCCCAACAGAAUGGAGAAUCCUCUAGAGCUGCCAGCUCGACCGCACGCCUCGCAAAUGGGGAUAGUGUAGGCGAACCAAGCUUCUUGUCCUCUCUCUUGAAGGAGGUCGAGGACUCAUCGAAUACGGAGCUCGCAACCUCCCAUGGACCGUCGGCUCCCACAUCCAUAGCUCCUACCGACCAUGCCACGCCAGGCCCAUCUUCUCCAUCCAUCUCGCCCGUUUCCUCCAACCAUUCCUCUCCUCGAAUAUCCUCCACGACCCCACCUCCUUUCUCUCGCAGUCGGCCUAUUUCCCCAAUCCAACUCUCUUCUCCAGCCGAAUCCUCCUCGCCUCCAUUCUCCCCAGAGGUAUCAUUCUCUGGGAGCCCAGCUUCCUCGCCGAGUAAGGAGACCCCUACGGCCCACCGUGAUGCCGGUCGUCCACGCUCUCGUAUACCUCGCCGAGGCAUGCACCUGGGACACUCGCGCUCCGCCGAUACCUCACCCACCCGCGCCGGCCCUUCAUUAGCCGUCAAAUCCGACAUCCAGAAGAUGGUUGGCACAGCGCUCAAGCCACACUACCGGGCCAAGACCAUCUCCAAAGACCAAUUCACCGAGAUCAACCGCACCAUCUCGCGCAAACUAUACGAGCGCGUCGGAACGGCCGAGUCCCUCGGAUCCGAGCGACGCGCAGAUAUUGAGGCGGUCGCGAAACAAGAAGUGCAAAAUACCAUCGGCGCGCUUUAUAAGAAGGACAAACAGCCCAUGUUGACAUCGGACUCCGACGGCGAUGUACAAUGA